GUUCAGCUGUAUGGUCGCUGGGCGACGUGGACGGCACGUCAAAGUGUUAGCUUGCGAAUGUUAGCUCACAAGCUAAUCUGACUAGUGAAUAUUCCUUCCUGUGAAUAAAAUAAAUACGCGUUUCGACACAAAGAGCUGCCAGAAAGGAUAUUUUUAACAAGAGGUGUCAAAGCCGCCAUUUUGUAGGGUUUGCAGAGUGAGGUGAUGAGGCUCUGAGAGAGAGAGAGAGAGAGCGCGUGGAGAUGGGUGCCAACACCAGCCAGGUGAGCGACCUCGCCGAGAGUCAGAGCAUCCGCACUCUGAUUGGUCCCGAGCCCAUUUCAGAGAACGAACCCUUCUGGAACCAGCUCAUCUCCUUCACUUUCACCAGCCCCUCCUGCAGUGCCGAUGCGAAACUCUUGGAGGAGGCAGUCAUCCCUCUCGCCAGAACUUUAAUCAAGAACAAUCCUCGAUCGGGGAACUUCAGCGCUUUGGUGAGAGUGUUCCUGGCAAGAACCAAAGAACUGAAGAUCUCAACCGAAUGCCAAGAUCAGCUGUUUAUCUGGCAGGCCCAUAAUGCCCUGUUCCUGGUGCGCUGCUUACUCAAAGUCUUCAUCAGAGAGAUGAAUGAGGAAGAGCUGCACUUACAGUUCACCUACCACACGAGGGCGCCAGGAUCCUGCGACAUGAGUGGUGAAGAUUUAAUGGAGGAACUAAUCUGUAACUUGGUUCAUCUCGUGGUGGAGGUGCCACUCCUCGACAUCACUUACAACAUCCUGUUCGAGGCGGUGACCACCCUGCUGGUUCUGUUGUCCUAUCAGCUGUUCCACAAGGACAUUCUGAGGGAGGGCCGUGUCUAUCGGUGCCUCACCAGGGGGCGAUGUUUGUCCCUGACGAGUCGCUUGGUGAAGACGCUGCUGUAUAACUUUGUGCGGCAGGAGAAAUGUCCUCCACCUGCAGCUCACGUCUUCCAGCCACAGGCAGAUGGAGGAGGUCUGCUGUACGGCCUGGCCUCGGGGGUGGCCAGUGGAUUAUGGAGCGUGUUUACAUUGGGCGGAGCCAGCAGCAAACCCGGGUCGGAGCAGGAACCCAACCCCUUACCGCUGUCCAAUCAGAGCCUGUUGUUGCUGCUCGUCCUGGCCAAUCUGACCGACGGCGCCGACUGGCCGAACCCUUACAGACAAGCCAUCACCUGCUUCAAAAACACACAAGAUACGUCCUCCAUUCCGUCCCCACAGCCUCACACGUUUCAGAUCAACUUCAACAGCCUGUACACGGCGCUGUGUGAGCAGCAGAGGUCGGACCAGGUCACGCUCCUGCUCUACACGCUGCUGCACCAGAACCCCAACAUGAAGACCUACAUGCUGUCCCGGACUGACAUGGAGAAUCUGGUGAUGCCGAUUCUGGAGAUCCUCUAUCAUGUGGAGAACAGAAACUCCCACCAUGUUUACAUGGCCCUCAUCAUCCUCCUCAUCCUCACCGAGGACGACACCUUCAACCGCUCCAUACAUGAAGUGAUGCUGAAGAACAUAAGCUGGUACACAGAGCGGGCUUUAACCGAGAUUUCUCUCGGCAGCCUGUUAAUCCUCGUGGUGAUUCGCACCAUCCAGUUCAACAUGACCCGCACCAGGGAUAAGUACCUGCACACAAACUGCUUAGCAGCUCUGGCCAACAUGUCUGCCCAAUUCCGCUGCCUCCACCAGUACGCUGCCCAGCGCAUCAUCAGUCUGUUUGCACUGCUGUCGAAGAAGCACAAUAAGGUGUUGGAGCGAGCCACGCAGUCUCUGCAGAGGCCCCUGGGAGCAGACGGAACGGCCCUGCCGGAUUAUGCACAGGACCUCAGUGUGAUCGAGGAGGUGAUCCGCAUGUUGCUGGAGAUCAUAAACUCCUGUCUGUGUAAUUCGCUGCAUCACAACCCCAACCUCGUGUACGCUCUGCUCUACAAGAGGGAGCUGUUCGAGCAGUUCCGCUCUCACCCUUCCUUCCAGGACAUCAUGCAGAACCUCGACACGAUCAUCGGGUUCUUCAGUCAGCGGUUGGAGCAAGCAGGAAGCGACCUUUCGGUAGAAAGAGUUCAAGAGGUCAUCAAGAAAGGAGCAGUGGCACUGCCUAAAGACCGCCUGAAGAAGUUUCCAGAGCUGAAGUUCAAGUACGUCGAGGAAGACCAGCCUGAGGAUUUCUUCAUCCCUUACGUGUGGUCUUUGGUCUUUAACUUUGGAGUGGGUGUGUAUUGGAACUCUCAAGGCAUUGAGCUUUUCAGCAUGGACUCGGCCUGAGGGAAGGGAAGGGAAGGGAAGGCCUGGUGAGUGCGUGCGUUUUGUUGCGCGUGAUGGUUUAAGGACGGCUGGGAAAAGGGUUUGGGAAGUUGAUUGCAGUUUAAAGGUCUAAUAUGAGAUUUGGGGACGCGCUGUUGGACGUGCUGUCGUGACUUCCUGCCUCGCUUCGUCGUUAUCAGACCUCCUGGGCUUCCAUUACCUCCAGCGCCUCCUCAUCACACACCGAUGAGGCACCGAGGACACGUCAAUCAAAACACUGCUUCGUUACUGGACAAAGUGUCAGACGGGCGCGGCUGCACUGAAUUCUGGGAAUGGUACAGUUCUGCUGUGAAGCAUGCCAUGGCGCAUUUAUUACUGCUAUGUAAGGGUUUUUUUUGGGGGGGGGGGCUGAUUAUAAUGUGUUGCUUGGGUUUUGUUUUUCAGGCGGUCGUGCACAACAGGUCAGGACUGAUACGGGAAUAAAUCACAUGACCAACCUACUGUAAGACUGGUCGUGUUUUUUUUUUUUCCCCUCCCCCCUUAAAUACAAAAUGCUUUCUUCACUCGUUUAUGGAGUUCACGCAGUGGUUCAUCUUUACUGCAUUUUUGCUUGUUUUGUUUGUGUUUUCGGAAAAAUAUUUAUUUAUUGUUUUUGAGUCAUUUUUCCUGAACUGUUCAGCAUCUCCGUAUAAUAUGUCGCUUUUUUUUUUUUUUUUUAAAAACAGCAGUGAUUUUUGGACGGAAAUCCUCCUCCUGUAAAAUGAGUACAGAUUUAAAAAAGGGGAAAAAAAACUAUUUUAGAUACUUUGUUGAGCAAAAUGAACGUUUGUUUGUGUGUUCAUAUAUUGCGUAGAUGUACACAUCCAUAAAUAAAUGCAUGGACAUGAAACAAUACAAACAGCAUGUUUUUGUAAAAUUUAUCCCUUUUUUUUCUCCCCCCCCGGUCCUCUCGUCCUCACUACUAUGUCCGAUGUCUGCUUUAGGCCCACUUUACACGGGGACGGUCUGAAACAAAAACGCAAAAGUCCGUUUUCGUUCUCACUUACGACCGUUUUCAAGGAGGAAAUCUGCGUCUAUACGGUGACGCAUAAAUGUGUGGAAUUCAAUUGGAUGUGCAUGCCAGGCGGCUUAGUGGUGCUGUGAAAGACCUCCGCCAUGUCUGCACGCAUGCGCAACGUCUUCCGUCUUGUCUGAUCUGCACAUCUGCGCCGCAAAAACUUUGACUACUCUGGCUAUGGCUACUCGUGAGGUCGCCAGAGCAGCUUGAAGGUCCGUUGGAUCGAUGUAAUCAGACAUGCUGUAGCCGUUCUAUAUGAGUGGGCGGAGCACAGAGGACGGCAGGACAGAGAUCAGGUUUACAAAUGGGCUUUAUUGCCACACUUUUCAGCCUAAUAUUUUUAAACCAACAGCCACACACGCAACCGGCGUCUAGCUUGGGGAUGAGCUUCUCUGCUCUCCCUCUUUAAAUAGGGCGUGGUCACUGGGAAGACACACAAACACAGGUUAAUUGACAUCAGGUGUAGUGAUUCUGCCACUUACCUUCCCUGACUCCACCCUCCUGUCACAGACCGGCGCUUGACCACGCCCCCGCUGCCACACAUGCUCUUACUAUGACGUAAGCGCGUACCCGACGUGAGCAGAUCCGAGCAGAGUUUCGCGUAUUGGGUAGUUUAGACGGAUAUGCAACGGGGGCUGUUUUUAAUUUAUCCACUCUGGAAGGCGUUUUCAAUUUUUUCCGUUUUUCAGCCUCGAAAACGCCGUCCCCGUGUAGACGAAAGGCACUUCCGAUAAAAUAUUUAGUCGUUUUUACCCGACAGCGUCCUCGUGUAAACGGGCCCUUAGUCUCCGAGGUUUUGUUACUAUUUUGGCACCUUGUGGCUUCGUAUAAAUCUUUUGUACAUGGUAUAACUAUCUCCCCCCCCCCCCCAUUUUCUGACGAUGUGUUCCUGUACGUUUUCCGUGCGAUCUGUGCGUCUCAUCUCAUUAAGAGGCAUCAGCAGUAUUUCACACCGGACUUUAUAUUGUAAUUAAACUAUAUCCAUAUCCACACUACACCACUUCACUACACACUCUUUAUUUUCUAUAUUCAAUUUCAAGUUCAUUCUCCUUCUCAGCGAUUCCAGUCACGACUUCGUUCUGAAAUCUUCCACUGCCCUGUUAAUUCCGGGACGCGUCUCCAAAACUGUUUGCGUUAAGAGGUUUAUUUAAGUGACCCAGGAAAUGCAACUCUUGGACGAACUGAAGCUGCAGAAUGUUACUAUACAGUACACUCAGGUAACAAAACGGAUCAAGUAAUAAUAAUAACUUCAUAAUAAUUCUUUCUCUCUUCUUUCUGUUCUGCGCUGUAUAUAAAUGACUACAACCAAUAAACACACAAGUUUGGAUUGUAAAAA